AUGCUGCAUACAAAUAGCCUUCCGAAUAAUAUUCCAAUUGAUUUAAGACAUUAUUUACAACAAAAUCAUAACCAACUUAAAUGGAAACAAAGAAUCAACAUAAUUAAAAACAUAAUCAGUGCAGUUUUAAGCCUUCAUCAAGAACGUUCUAUUCAUAGAGAUUUGCAUUCAGGAAAUAUAUUAUAUUCCGAAUAUACUGGACAUUGGUAUAUUAGUGAUUUUGGAUUUUGUGGACCUGCUGAUAAACCAUUAGGAA